AAUAAAACCUUAAAUUAACAUACAUGUGCAUCAAUCUGAAUUCAAAUCUUACUGCUACACAGCCUUCAACAUUUUGUGGAUCUAAUGUCAUUUCAUAACUAAAUGAGUCUUUUUACUGUGAAUAGUUUAAUAAUAAUCAUCAAUGCUACUGUCAGUUUUUGCAGCAGUGUUUGGAUUUGUCAAGGAAGAAAUGUUUAUUAAUACAUUUAGAUUGAUGCACAUGUAUGCUAAUUUAAGCUUUUUAAUAGUUUAAACAUGUUCCAAAAAUACAAGUUUGGUCAUGGCUAUUAAGUUGAGUUUCAUUGACUCAAGCUUUGUAGAAUUGUGUUAUAUUCUGGUCUGAAAAUCAGAGUUAACUCCCUUAGUUAUUAAAACCCUUGUGGGUCUAGGUGGCGGGAGAAAGUGAGAAAUAGACAUCUUCUAUCACUUCAUGUUUUGAAUUAUAGAGCAGACAUCUCAGAUCAAUUGGUGUGUUUUAUUAGUAACACAAUGAAACUGUUGUAGAACUGCUGUCCAUUUCAUUGCAAACUGCAGUAACCAUGGCAACCAGUGGAGGUGUUUCUAAGUGCACUGUAGAUGAACAGAAGGUUAAAAAGAACAAAAAUGUCACAUGGUGUAUUCCACAGGGUGACCACGGUUCACAAGAAAGUGAUGAAGAAUUGUCUAUCAGAAAGUUAAAUUCCAAACCAAUUGCCAAAAAGGGUAAAACUGUUGCCAAGAAAAGUAAGGGUAGUAAGGUAAAAGUUACAAAAAGUAAAGUAAAAAAUCCCAGUGUAGCCAAGACGAAAAAGAUUACUGUAAACUCUAAAGAUCUGAAUGCUUGUUUAGUAGUUCAGAAGAUAAUUCCUAAGAUUACGGGUAAAAUUAAAAAGAUAAAAUCUGGUGACAAAGUUGAAGCAGACCGUAGUAAAAAGAAAUGUCCAAUUACGAACAAGAUGAAAGAUUUGAAACAAAAAUUAAAAUCUAGUAUUUGUGACCCCAAAAUUAAAUCAGUCCUGACUGCAAGAAUAGCACUGGGAUCACUAGAAAGCGGGGAGGUACAAGAACAAUGUGAUACCAUGGCAACACACACUAAUCCAGGCACUGCUGAUGGAGAUACUAUUGUGGAAGGUGAUGUUUUGGAUACCAAGGUAAAUUUGCUCAAUGACGUAGCAGACACUGGCUAUCAGGACAUUGGCAUUAUGAGUGAUUCAGAUUCAGAUUUUGAGGAUGUUGAAUCUUCUCAAACUCCAUAUACAGAUCUGAAACCAAACAAACCUCAAGCUGAUUUGAAAUCUGAAAUUUGCUCAAACACAGGGACAAAGAUUAAGGGUAAAGUGAAAGAAAAAGUAAAGAGCUUGAGGAAAAAGGAAACGUUAAAAAAAAAAAAAAAAUGUGAUGCAGUUAAAAGUAAAAAAGUCAUUGUCAAGACAAAAUCCACUAAUCCAGUUAAAAGGCAAAAGUUAGAUGUCAGUGAUGAUUCUUGUCCAGUUAAAAGGAAGAAAACUGAAAUAAAGAACGAAAAUUCCAAAGUGGGUAUAAGGAAAAGGAAAAUUGAUGUUAAAGAAGAAAAUGUUGAACAGGUUAAAAAUAGCAAAAAGAUAUCUGUUGAUAAAGAAAAAUCUAAACCCAAAAAACAGAUUGCUGUGAAAGUAGAAAAAUCUGACCACGUUCAGACAAAAAAAGAAAGCACUGCAAUGAUAAAACAUAAAACAAGUGGUUCAAGAUUAGGAAAACCCCCAAAAAGCCAUUCUAGCAAAGUGGCAGACAAGACAUUUGAUGAAACUGAUGUAACAUCAGUGCUACUCAAAAUGGAAGGCAUUAGUUCUGAGCAGUCAACUUCCUAUUGUGCAGCAUCUAAAGGGGAAGACAACUCUAAUGUCAGUGAGCAGUCAGAAGUUAGUGGAAGUGAAGAUGAAGACUGGGAGGAAGUUGCAGACCAUCAUACAACUUUGAAGUCUCAGAUUCCCGAUGAACCAAUCGAAAUCACUCUUUCUGCUCCAAAAUUCAUGAAGAAGAAGAAAAAGAAAAAGGCGUUUGACUGGAUAGAUUAUGUCCGUCGCCAGAUGAAGCGAUUCCAGAGAGAUUUGCAGUGUGAUGUGCACAAGGUUCAUCUGAUGUGCCUGGUGUCAUGGGGAAUGCGGCAGAAUGCUAUCCUCAAUGUGGACCAGAUCUGUGGACGAGCGCUCUCACUGAUUCCAGACAGUGUUAUCGUGGACCCGCUCACCUGUGACACCCAUGGGCUCAACUCGGUUCUCAACUGGUUCAGGAAGUUUUUCACAAUACACUUGGAGAAUGGGGAGGACGACACGUGUACAUUAAUAAAGGUGGAUGAUUUGGAAAAAUUGAUGCUGGAAAGAAGUGUCAAGUCAGAAAGACUCUUGGUUGCUAUUUGUGUUGUCUUCCUGCGCAUGAUGUCCUUCAACACGAGACUGGUUCUCUUAUUUCACCCCAUACCACUUCAACUUCCUCAGGACACAAAGUCAAAAAAUGAAAAGAAGAAAAUGGAUGAUAAUGAAGAUGAACCAAAAAAGGGCGAAUCCACCCAGCAGAAGAAAUCGUACAGUAUUAAAAAGAAUAAAGAUCCUGACAAUAUGAAAUCUAAAACUAAGAAGACAAAAUCUAAGAAAAACUCAAAACUAGUGAUCAGUGACAAAAAGACACAAAAGAAAACAAAAUGCAAAUAUUUCAAAAAUAAAACAGAUACAGCAAAACAGACUUCAGAACUAAUCCAAUCUAAACCAGUUAGCCAUUCAAAACUGGAUGUUGAUGCAAAGACUGAUUUGUCUGGAAAGGAAUGUAAAACCUUUUCUUCAAAACUUUCAACAAAACUAAAACAGGCUUCUUCAGAAAAUAGUGAUAGUGAUGGUGUGAUGGUAUCGGGUGUGAAACCCACCAGGACCUUGAGACCUAAACCUGCUGACAGGUUGCCAAAACCAGACGAGCAAAGGGCAGAGAACUCUGAUGAAUCGGGUUAUGAAGAUACUUUUAUUUCAAAUGAUGAUGAUAGUGAUUUCUGUGACAGUGAACCACCAACCAAGAGCAAAGGAAAGAAACUUGUGCAGAAAAAAGCACAAGUAAAGAAAAGAAAAUUUCAAGAUUCUGCAGAAGAAAGUUCCAGUAGUGAUUUUGAAGAUGACAGCCGUGUAUCUAGAAGUCCUGUUGGAAACAAAAAGAUAAAAGAAAAAUCACCAAAUAAAGAAAAUAAAAUUUGCGACAGCUGGAUUGAAGUAUACUUGCCUAAAGAAAAGAGAUGGCUCUGUGUUGACUGUGUUAGAAAUGUCUUGGACAAGCCUGAGAGUAUGGAAAAUGCAGUUUCUCAACCAGUGCAAUAUGUGUUUGCAUUUAACACAGACCUGAGUGUGAAGGAUGUGACCUGUCGCUAUGCGUCCGAGUGGAUGACUCAGACACGGAAGUUACGGGUUGAUGCUGAUUGGUUGACCAAGAUGCUGAAACCUUUCAAGAGUUCUGACACUGAGAUGGAGAAUGAGGAUGAUGAAAAUAUGAAAGAUGAUUUGUUGAGAAAACCACUGCCCAAAACAGUUGGAGAAUUCAAGAAUCACCCAUUGUAUGUGCUGAAACGACAUCUUCUCAAGUUUGAAGCUCUGUACCCCAACUCGGCUGUCCCUGUGGGAUACAUUAGAGGAGAACCCAUCUAUGCUCGCGAGUGUGUGCAUACGCUUCAUUCCAGAGAAAACUGGCUGAAGGAAGGUAGAUCUGUGAAGUUAGGUGAAGAGGCCUACAAGAUGGUUAAAUCUCGUAAAUGGAAGGUACCAAAGAUCGACCCUGAUGCUCUUGACUUGGAACUGUUUGGUCCCUGGCAGACCGAAAUAUACGUUCCUCCACCUGUGAUAGAUGGGAAGAUCCCUCGCAAUGCUUAUGGUAACCUUGAACUCUUCCAAGAAUGGAUGCUCCCAGCUGGAACUGUACAAGUGAAAUUGCCUGGUUUGAACAGAAUUGCACGGAAGCUUGGAGUUGACUGUGUCGCUGCAAUGGUUGGAUGGGACACACACAGUGGUUUUUCUCACCCACUGAUGGAUGGUUGGGUUGUGUGUAUAGACCACAGGGAAGCUCUAGAGGUGGCCUGGGAGGAAGAUCAGGAGAUACAACUCAUGAGAGAAGUCGAGAAACGCCACAAGAGAGCACUUGACAACUGGAAACUGUUGACGCGGAGUCUCAUCAUAGGGGACAGACUGAAGAAACAGUUUGAUCUCGAGGCCGCAGAUGUGAAUAUUGAGGUGGUAAAGGAUGGGAAGAAAGCUGACGAUGUGCAGAGUUCCUGGCCAAGAAACCAAGAAAAGAAAAAGAAAAAAUCAAACAAAAAAUCCAGACUUUGUAGUGUGGAGACAAUAUAAUGUUCAUACAAAAUCUUCCAAUAUGGGAAAAACAUAGUAUGACACAUUUGUUCGUGCUGACCGUAUUGCCAGAGAUACAUGCAUGUAGAACAUUUCCUUGUGAAAUCCAAAGGCAUUCAUAUACUUCAUUGUGGAGGACACUUAACAACAGAAACUUGUGUUUAAAACAUUUUCUGUGUGAAAUCCAGAGGCACUUGUGUAACAUUUUAUUGUGGAAAUCACAUAAAAGAAAUAAAAAAACAGAAUAAUUUAUUGUGAGUGUAUUCUAACAUUCUAUUAAAACAAUAUAUUGUGGAAAGCACCUGGCAACAUUUACACAUUUCAUUGUAAAUAUUUUUUGGAGAAUUUCCUACAAAUAAUUUUUUUAACAAUAUAUUCCAUUGUAAAUAAGAACAGCAUUAAUUAUUUUGGUGUAGUGAUGCAACAGUGUAUGAAUAUAAAACAUGCUAAGUCAUUAGCAGCCUUGAUAGCAAACUAUAAAAUAUGAUGAAAACCUUGCAAGGGAAGUAAUUAUGAAAGACUAUAAACAUGUACAUUUUUGUAUCCAAUGUAUUUUAAUUAUUUAUUAAAUAUUUAAUAGAGAUACAGAAAACGUUGUUGAAUUAUGAAAUGUCCCUGGUGAAAAUGGAAUAGACUAUUCAAAAGAAUUGCUCAUUGUGGGGGUCCUUAGGUCCAAUUAUCCUAAAUAAUGCCUGUAGAUGUAUUCUUCACCAUCAAGAUGAUGGAUAGUUUCGUGCACCUUCAUGGCAGCAGUGUAUAUUAAUUUGUACGCCAUCAUGGCCAUUGUAUUACCAGUAUCAUUUCAACUUAUUUUCAUGCUUAUAUCCAAUUGAUGUUCAAGCACGCUGUCCUGGGUACACACCUCAGCUCUGUCCAGGACCGUGGGUUAGUGGUUAGUAAAAAGAGUGGAGGGUGUAAUAGCCUUGCACCUACCCAUUGAGCCCUUGAGAGCUCGCUCUGGGUUGGAGCCAAUACCAGGCUGCGAACUCUGUACCUACCAGCCUGUAGUUCAAUGGCUUAACCACAGCACCACCAAGGCCAGUUACCAGUAUCAAACUUUGUCAUCAAUCCUAAAAGCAGGAUGUUUGGUCUGUAAGCAACUGCAGUAGUUUGUAUUUUAAACUUUUUAGUUUUGAGAAUUGAUUACUUAUAUCUGUGCUACUGGGCUGUAUUUAAGACAGUGGGAAGGAGUGGGGGAUUUUCCCUCUUGCAUCCAGAUCAUCUUUGAACAAUUCUCUUUCGGUUAUAUGGCAAAAAUCAUUAAAGUGGUUGGCGAAAAACGUAAUGUUUUGAAGGAGACAGAAUUUUUGCACUUGCCACUAUCCAGGGUAUGAAACAUCGACAACACGGAGAACAAGCAUGAUCUGUUUUAAUACUCUUGGGUAGCAUUAUACAUAUACAUGUCGUACAUGUCUCUUAUACAAAACAGCAUUACUCAUUAUUAGGCCAGCUUUUCAUUAAUGCGAUUUCAAGUUUAUCCAUAGUGCAUAUAUACAGUACAUUUUUGAUAUACGUGAUUCUGUGUGAAGCCAUUCAGUGUGCUGAACAAUAAGUGGAUCCUUGGACAAUUUUUUUUCAUCUUGUAAUGU